AUGUCGACGGCAUCGACCCAGUCCCGAGGCAUAAAUCGACGGAUCAACAGCCUUCAGAAUGAAUCUCGCCAUUCGCGCACCCCCUCCGGGUCGCGUCGUCGCCCCGUGAACCCGACUACGUCCUAUACCUACGCUCUCCGUGUUGCCUACCUUGCCUACUUGCUGCAUCCCCGUUCGCGCCGAGUUCAUAAUGCACCGGCUCCUCAACAGCGCCCGAAGCGGGCUUCGACGUCGUUCCACGACCUGAUGAGUGAUUUCUCGCUGGUGAGGGAUUCCAAGAGCACUAGGUUCCCGCACGGUUUCAUCUCCGAGCUGGAGAAGAGGUUGACCGGGGUCCUGACGAAGAAAGAGAAGAGGAAGGAAUAUCAGGACCCUCUGGUAGUCAGAACAUUCGCCGCGUUUUUGAACACCCUCAAAGAACAGUCGUUCAAGAAGCGCAUGGAGAAGGACCGACGUGCCGAGGAUCUCGUCCUGAUCUUCUAUUCGAAUGCGACGAAGGAGCUGAGCAAGGGAAAGGAUCCGGACGAUGAUAGCUGGCGGUUGAUGGUGGACAGACACGUUGCGCUCUUUGUUCGGCUCUUUGCGCUUAUCCUCAAGAGCAAUGACUGGGCAAAGGAACGGCCGGAGCUAGCAAACCGUCUGUCGGUCUUGGAGAACAAGCUUCUUUCGCAAGAUCAGGAUCUCAUGGAGGGUAAUGGAACAUCUACGGUGGAAACUACUGCUUCGCUGAGCUAUGAUGUGAAGGAUAUGCCGCUCGUGCAGCACGUGGCUAGGAUCUACGGCAUGAGCACUGCCCAAGUGCAGUCCGACAUCGACAGUCACAGGGGGACUUGGACAGCACGCGCAGCCCUGCAGGACUUGAAGGCUUACCAGACUCACCUGAGCCUGAACACCCGGAAGACAUUAUCCACGGAGGAUUUUGACAAUGAGGAAGCAUACGAACAUUGGAAGAAGGGCGAGGGUCCUGACCUGUCGCAGAUGAUGCUUGCCAUUGUGCAGUCCAACCCUGAGCUUGCCAAAAGCGCACCUGGUGGCGCUCUUCCGCAGUUUAAUGCAAGCCCCAGCGAUGGUGCACUAGGCGAACUAACACGGACCAACUCAGACCGACCGACAUCGUACAUCAUCGAUCAGCCGGUGGACCUCAGCUCCCUCUCUUUUGGUGAUGACAAUAACUCGGAUGAAUCCGACACGUAUACCUUCAUACCACCUGAACCAAGAACUGUUUACAGUCAUAUCCUGGCGCAGGCCUUGACCCACGAUUUGAAAGACCGUGAGAUGGAGGCCACCCAAGCCACUUCUGAAAUCCCGUCAAUGAAACUUCUCUCCAAGCAAUCCAGCGAACUCCUGAAUGAAGUUUGUCUUCGCUGGAGGAUUCCUAACUUCUCGAGAAUCGUUCUAUUCUUGGACGUUGUCCGUACGAAGUUCGUCGACAACGAGGUGGAUCUCGACACCUUAGAUGCGGCAUUCACGUUUGUGAAGGAAGCGCCUUCGGCGGAGAAGAAACGCAGCAGCUUCGUGGCGUCUGUCUUAUACGAUCGCCAGAAAUGGACGGUUCACGACCUUCUCUUGAUGCAGCAGAUCCUUUCGUCCCUCCACGAGGCGCUGCUGAGGGAACUAUACGACGUCAUGAUGGACUGUUACGAAGCCAAGCCUCGUCCAAUUGGUCCGGUGAUGUACGUCUUAGAGAAUCACAUUCAGAUAGACCCCGACUACAGUGAAGACUCUUCGGAUAUUGAGCGCUUCCGGGCAUACGUACAAGAUGGGCUUGCUCAGAAGGCGGCAGAGAAAUACCAAGAACUUCUGGGUCAAGAGGUGCCUGUUGAACCGGAAUCAUGGGAGCUAGAUCACGUCAUCCAGCUUUGCGAUGUUAUCUCAAAACUCGCACAGAAAAUUCGGAAACGCUAUCGCAAUAACCCAGAGAUCAUGGGCGUCUCUCCUCACAGGACCUUGGUCUCCAAUGUAUUUCCGAUCUUUGCAGAGGAUGUCCACGAGAUGGUCGUGAGAAUCAUUGAGAGGGAGCAAGCGACAGGUCAAGAACUUGCAAUUGAGGAUGGCUUUGACCUCUAUAAGAAAUUGGCAACCGUUCGCCGUCUGUUUGUUGAAGCACUUCCCGAUCAACCAUUCCCGUUCAGUGUGGAGGAGCUGAUGGAAGGAUUCGUAUGGCGCUGGAUUCGCUUGACUGACCAGAAGAUUAUGGACUGGGUUGAGCAAGCCAUCCGGCAAGAUGCCUUCAACGUUCGAGCGGAUGACGUGGGAGACAUGGUACCCGAAGAUUACCGGCACAGUGUAUCUGUGAUAGACAUCUUCCGCUCGUUCAAUCAAGUGGUUGAGCAAAUGAUACAGCUUGAGUGGGACGACGAUUUCCAGUACGCCAAGUUCAUGACCGCGUUGUCCAAAUCAAUCGGAAAGGGCGUUGCGAGAUAUUGCGAGUCACUGGAACAGAUGUUCGCCAAGGAAAUGGACCGACUGUCUCCGGAUCAAGAGGCAGCAAUGAACCAAACGGCGCAGGAGAAGAUCAUGCAAAUGGCAAAGGAGGCAUGGAACAGCAAAGAGAAGAUCGAACCCUUCCAGUUCUUUCCCCAGUCUCUUGUGAAGCUGAACAAUGUCGAAUAUGCUCUCGCACAACUUGAUAAGCUUGAGCGAGAGAUCAAUGUUGACGGUUGUGCCGAGGUGAUAGCGCAACAUUCGCCUCCACAGCUGCAGAAGGUUCGCAGGUCGACAACCUAUGUGUUCACAAUCAAGAUCGUCGAGGCCGAAGACCUGAAGGCGUGUGAUAUGAAUGGAGGCAGUGAUCCCUACGUGGUACUGGCGGAUGAGUAUCAGAAACGGAUUGCAAAAACUCGAAUUAUCUACAAUAACCUGAAUCCCCGGUGGGACGACACCGUUGAUAUCACCACGCAAGGACCGUUGAAUAUCAUUGCAACCAUCUGGGAUUGGGAUGCAGUGGGUGAUCACGAUUACGUGGGACGCACUUCGAUCAAGUUGGAUCCUGUGCAUUUUAGUGACUUCCUGCCGAGGGAAUACUGGCUCGACCUGGAUACGCAGGGCAGACUGCUGCUUCGGGUGAGCAUGGAGGGAGAGCGGGACGACAUCCAGUUCUACUUCGGCAAGGCGUUCCGGACGCUGAAGCGCACGGAAAGAGAUAUGACCCGGAAGAUCACCGAAAAGCUCUCUGCAUAUAUUAGCCACUGCUUGUCGCGCCGGACCCUGAAAUCCUUGCUCUCUCGAGGCCUCACGAUGGCGAGUGUGUCCAACUUCCUGAACCGGAACCGUGCGCAGUCCACAGCCACCAUGCCGACUAGUGCGGAAGUGGAAAAUGCGCUGACUCCGCUGUUUGAUUACUUCAACGAUAAUUUCGCCAUUAUGAACAAGACGCUCACGUCGGAAGCCAUGAAGAUGGUCAUGGCGCGGCUCUGGAAGGAGGUGCUGAGCACGAUCGAGAGCUUGCUGGUGCCACCUCUCUCCGAUAAGCCAUCCCAUCAGAAACCUCUCACGAUGCAGGAGGUGGAUAUUGUUUCACGCUGGCUCGUGCUACUACUUAAUUUCUUCCACGCAGUCGACGACGAGACGGGCGAGGCCAACGGCGUCUCGAUGGACAUCCUCAAGUCCCCCAAGUACCAUGAAAUCCAGAGCCUGAACUUCUUCUACUUCGAGCCUACGGAGAACCUCAUCCGCACGUCCGAACGCAUGGCAUCGGCCACGAUCUCCCGACAGCAAGCAAACAAGAACCGCGCCUCCGCGCCUCCGCACCUCGGCGCCGCCGGGUCGGGCAGCGUGCUCGGCGUGCCCGCCGCCCGCCGCGCGAAGAGCAUCAUGCUCUCGCGCAAUCUGGGCACGAUGAAGAAGAUGAAGGAGGAGAAGCGACGCGAAGCCCAGGCAGAGCCUAACGACGACAUGAUCCUGCGCAUCCUCCGCAUGCGCCCUGAGGCCGCGGGGUAUCUGCGCGAUCGAAGCCGUCAGAAGGAGCGUCUUGCGGCCGCGGCCGCGGCCGACGCCAUCGUCAAGCAGAGUCUCAUGGCCGGCGGAGGACGCAUGGCCGGCACGUUGGGACGACGAUAG